AUGCCCUUUCACACACCCCGACACUCAUAUUCCCUAUCUGACGCUUCUCCCUCUCACGAUAAUUACUACGCCGCUACCAACGCCAUUUACAGUGCCGGCCAGACCGUGAACUCCGUCGGGUCGCCCACGAGCAACUGGGGGCAAAAGCAGCAGCAACAGCAGCAGAACAACUACUUCCCCUCCGACCAGCAUCCCUAUCAACUACCUCAGCCCAACGGCAAUGGAAUGACCAUUCCCUAUCGCGCCGCCCCUCCUCCGAACGCUGCGUCCAACCAAGCACCCCACGAGCCUCAUUCCUCACAAUACCUCCAUUCACGGCGGACUUCGACCUUGAGUGGACAGGGUCACGAUCUACAUCUACCACAGUCGGGCGGCGUUAUGAGCGACGUACACCACUACGGGGCGCCGCCCUCCUACGCCAGCGAUAAUGUCUCCAUAAAUGUCCUGCCUUCCACCCCGGGGCACCCGCCUCCGAGCGCCCCUAUGCCCGGCUCACUACAGCCAGGCGGCCAAGGAGCCAGACCACAGAUGCUGAGCAGCAACAGCGCGGCGCCCCAGCUUCCUUCGUUACCCAAUCUGCCCCAGAUAUCUACGCAAAUGCAGCAGCAACAGCAACAGCAACAGCAACAGCGGCCAGCCACUAUCAAUCACACCCACAGCUACUCACGAUCAAGUCCUGGUUUGAUGGAGCAAACGAAAUACAAACCAUUCACCAGUACUCCUGAACAGAAUAAAUAUGGCUCCCCCGCCAACUACGUUCCGCACACGCCGCAAGGGCCGCCUUCGUACUCACCGUUGGGUCUGGCGGAUAUCAGGCCACGAGCCGACACGACUUUGUCCGACAACAUACCGUUCAGUCCCCCUCUGACUCAAGACACCGAUAUAAUGCAGUACCCGACCACGAGCAACUAUGUAGCUCAGUGGCCCAUGUACGCUGCAGACUGGUGCAAGUGGCCGCCGAGAUCGAACACAGGUGCUGUUGGGAAAGUUGCGAUCGGAAGCUACCUCGAAGAUAGCCACAACUACAUACAGGUGCUGGAUGCUUCAGUAGCGCAGCCCGACCCCGAUAAUCCAAUGGGUGAUCCAGGAUUCGAGUUCACCAAGACCGCCGAAGCAACUCACGCAUACCCUGUAACUCGGAUACUGUGGGAGCCACCAUCCUCCAAUAAGCAAACUACCGAUCUACUCGCAACCUCUGGAGACCAUCUCCGCCUUUGGUCUCUUCCUGCUGAUCCAACGGCCUCCUACUCUAGCUCGAUUUCACGCAAAGAUCACCAUAUACAAAAGCUUUCUCCUCUAGCAUUGCUGUCCAAUUCGAAAUCUCCAGAACACACGGCACCAAUUACCUCACUGGACUGGAAUGUAGUACAGCCUUCACUCAUCAUCACUUCGUCCAUCGACACCACUUGUACAAUAUGGGACAUUCCUACUCUGACUGCCAAAACCCAACUCAUUGCUCACGACAAGGAAGUCUAUGAUGUCCGGUUCUGCGCCAAUAGCGUUGAUGUCUUCGUCUCAUGUGGCGCUGAUGGUUCCGUGCGCAUGUUCGACCUUCGCUCCCUCGAGCACAGCACCAUCAUCUAUGAGCCAUCAGAGAAAAAUCUUGGCGAUAAGAAUUCCAAUGUCUCGCCCGAGAACCUUUCCUCUUCUCCCACUCGCUCCGGACCCUCCGCUCUUGCUAAUCCACCACCCUUGCUCCGCAUCGCGGCCUCUCCGAACGAUGCCCACCUACUUGCUACCUUCUCACAAGAUUCGUCUGUGAUCCGCGUUCUUGACGUCCGCCAGCCUGGCCAAGCACUUCUCGAACUAAAAGGCCACGCCGGUCCUGUCAACUGCAUAGAGUGGUCCAACACCCAGCGUGGCCUACUGGCAUCCGGCGGCGAUGACUGCUGCGUUCUUCUUUGGGACCUCAUGACCGCUGUCAGCAACAAUACUGGUGUGACAGGGAUGCCUGCCGCGCCGGGGACGCAGCAGGUCGCCGGUGGGACCGCGCAGGGUCAAGGCACUGGCCAAGAGCGGGGGCCCAGCGCGACGUGGGAGUGUGGCUUCGAAGUUAGCAACUUGACCUGGGCGCCGAGCCAGGGAGCGCUAGGUGUAUGUGGCGGCAGAGGCUUCUGGGGCGUGUUGUUAUAG